AUGGACUUCAAGACGAACCAAACGCUCGGCUACGCGUUUGCAAAUGUGAACUCCGAGGUCGCCGCCCGCCUGUUCGGCGCGUUUGAGGGCUUCCAGGAUUGGCCCAAAAAGAGCCCGAAGGUGUGCAACGUGUGCUGGAGCAGCCGCCAGGGCCUGGAGAGCAACAUCCUCGCCUACCGCAACCUCGCGGUCAUGCAGCUGGCCGUCCCCGAGGCCUGGAAGCCCGCCCUCUUCUCGCAGGGCAGCCUGGUGCCCUUCCCCGUGCCCACGAAGACCCGGGGAAAAUCAAGCGCGACCUGA